AUGGGCGAUCGCAAGAGAGCACCUUCGCCUGAUGCCGACGCACAACGAGAGGAGGAGAUGCAAUAUGGGGCCGUGGGUCCAGCAAAGGAAGAGCUCGAGCAGAGAUACCCCAAUCGUCCAAGAAAUCAUUCCAAAACUCUGGCCUUUUCAGACCUGUUCCUUCACCUCUUCAACCCUCUCAAUGAAAUCAGAAAGCAGCCGGCAGGUGGUGUUCCAGCUCGUAAGAAGGGACCGCACGGCGCCACCUCCCUUUCACCUCAGGAACAACGGCGCCACCUCAUUGAACGGUUCAUCAAUCGAUGGCGCAAAGAAGUCGGCAAUGACUUUUAUCCCGCGCUGCGCCUGAUCCUCCCCGACAAGGACCGCGACCGCGGCGUCUACGGCCUGAAGGAGAACGCCAUUGGGAAACUGCUCGUCAAGCUGAUGAAGAUUGACAAAAACUCGGAAGACGGCUACAGCCUCCUUCACUGGAAGAUUCCUGGCCAGACCAUGGCGGCGCGUCUCGCCGGCGAUUUCGCAGGAAGAUGCUACGAAGUCAUUUCCAAGAGACCAAUGAGGACAGAAGUCGGGGACAUGACGAUUGCCGAGGUGAACCAGCAGCUCGACCAGCUGGCCGCUUCGACGGGCGAGGCGGAAAAUCUGCGAGUGUUCGAGACGUUUUACAACAGGAUGAAUGCCGAGGAGAUGCUGUGGCUGAUUCGCAUCAUGCUCAAGCAGAUGAAGGUUGGCGCGACGGAAAAGACGCUGCUCUACCUGUGGCAUCCGGAUGGAGACGUUCUCUUUGGCGUCUCGUCCAGCUUGCGGCGGGUUUGCUGGGAGCUGCACGACCCGUCAGUCAGGCUGGAGCAGGAAGACGCUGCCGUUUCGUUGAUGCAGUGCUUUCAGCCGCAGCUGGCGCAGUUUCAGAUGCCUGCUUCGUUCCAGAAAAUGAUUGAUCUCCUGCGCCCCACCGAGGAGGAUCCGGAGUUUUGGAUUGAGGAAAAGCUGGACGGCGAACGGAUGCAGAUGCACAUGGUGGACGACCCUUCCCAUCCUGGGGGUAAGCGCUUCUGUUUCUGGUCGAGAAAGGCAAAAGACUACACGUAUCUCUACGGGGACGGCUUCUUGGACAAGACGUCCAGCUUGACGCGCCAUUUGAAGGAUGCGUUUGCUCCGGGCGUCAGGAACUUGAUCCUCGACGGCGAGAUGAUUACCUGGGACAUGGCGGUCGACAAGAUUGUCCCCUUUGGAACCCUCAAGACGGCUGCGCUCUCCGAGCAGCAGAACAACUCGGGAUCAAACGCGUCCGGCCAUCGCCCGCUUUUCCGGGUCUUUGACGUCCUCCAUCUCAACGACAAGUCACUUACACAGUACACGCUUCGUGAUAGACACCGCGCCCUCGAAAAAGCCAUCAAGCCGGUUGAGCGACGGCUCGAAAUCCACCCGUACAAAAGCGCCACUUCGGCAGACGAAAUCGAGCCCAUGCUGCGGGAAGUCGUGGCCACGGCAUCGGAAGGGUUGGUGCUCAAGAACCCGCGGUCCAUGUACAGGCUCAACAGCCGAAACGACGACUGGCUGAAAGUCAAGCCCGAGUACAUGUCCGAGUUUGGCGAAUCCCUGGAUUGCGUCAUCGUCGGCGGCUACUACGGCUCGGGUCGGCGCGGCGGCACCUUGUCCAGCUUUCUGUGCGGCCUGCGCGCCUCCCGCAACCACGUCCAAGCAGGCGCAGAUGCCGAAAAAUGUUUCAGCUUCUUCAAGGUCGGCGGCGGGUUCCGCGGGGAGGAUUACGCACAGAUCCGGCAUCAUACGGAGGGCAAGUGGAUGGAGUGGGAUCGCAAGAACCCGCCAACGAGGUACAUUGAACUGGCCGGCGGGGAGAGCAAGCAGAUGGAACGGCCAGACGUGUGGAUCCGGCCCAAGGAUUCGGUCGUCGUGUCCGCCAAGGCGGCCAGCGUCGCGCCUUCGGAUAGCUUUGCGCGCGGCUACACGCUGCGGUUUCCACGGUUUCGGAGUCUCCGCCUCGAUCGCAGCUGGGACACUGCCCUAUCCGUGGAUGAGUUUGAGGAACUCCGGAAGCGCGUCGAACAGGAGGCCAAGGAAAAAGCCAUGACCCUGGAAGACCACAGGAGGAAGCGGAGGAAGCCCAACCGGGCCAAGCGGGAGCUCUUCAUCGCCGGCCAGGACGAGGCACCCGCAGAGUUCAAAGGCGAGAGCUCCAGAGUUUUCGAGGGCCUAGAAUUCUGCGUGCUCUCCGAAUCGCUGAAGCCGUACAAAAGGACCAAGACGCAGCUCGAGACCGUCAUCAAAGAACACGGCGGCGCAGUCUCGCAGCGCGCCCUGCCAGGAGGACAACACGUGGUCCUCGUCGCGGACAAGAAGGUCGUCAAGGUGGCCAGCCUCCUGAAACAGGGCGACGUGAACAUUAUACGUCCGCGAUGGAUACGGGACUGCGUCGAGCACCAACAUCCGCCGUUCCUGCUGCCCUACGAAGAGGCGCACCUGCUCCACGCGACGGGGGAGAUGCACGCCAUUGCGGCGGAGAACACGGACCCUUACGGGGACAGUUUUGCGCGAGACGCGUCGGUGGACGAGCUGAGGCAAAUCCUAGCCGGCAUGCCCAGGCUGCAAAAGGCGGGAGACUUUGACCGGGACCAUUUCCUGGGCGAGCUGGAGGAGCGGGGCAUGGGCAGGGGCAUGGGCAUGGGCAUGGGAAACCUCCGAAGCUUCCUGUUCCGCGGGACGGCGGUGCACUUCCGAGUCGCGGAUGGCGCGCGGCCGACGGCGCUGGACAGGCUCGUUCGUUACGUCAAGUACGGGGGGGGCGAGGUGGUGGACGAGCUGGGCGGCGGGGCAACCCAUGUGGUGCUGGUUGGGCAUGGCGCAGGGCAAGCUGGCGACGAGGCGGCGGCAGCGGCGGCGGCAGCGGCGGCGGCUGGGGUGAGGAGAGAGGUGAGCUGCUGGAAGAGGGUGCCGCGCGUCAUUGGGGAGAAGUGGGUGACGGAGUGCUGGGAGGAGAAGACGCUGCUGGACGAGGAGGCGUUUGCGGUGUGA